AUCUUCACCCAGAUACCAAAACCACUAUACCAGCAAAGCCAGUAGCCAUUAAAAUCAUCGAUCAUCUUCUUCUGCAACACUCGCUUCCUUUUUUUUGUAUAUACAGAGACAACCAUGAAAUAGUCUUGAAAACCCAAAAAAGGAAAAGAUAAGAAACACCCAGAAAUCAUUUCAUUGUAAAAAUGGUGUCUUUAGAAGAUUCACCACAUCCACAUUGCAGUUCAAAUCGUUUUCCUUUAGCCCGAAACAACAAUUUUUAUAACCCGUCGUCUGCUUCUACUACCAAAAUCAGCCGGCAUGUCGGCCGUUCUAUGCGUACAAUACGUUCCAAUUUUUACCAGAACGACAGUAGCAGCUGUUGCUCCUUUACCACUGCCACCGACAAUUCGGCUUACGUAUCGGAAAAUCUGACCGAAUCGGUCAUCGACAUGCGUCUCGGGGAACUUGCUACUCGUAACAAUAACAGUAAUGAUAAAUCUGGAAAAUCUUCUUUCAACAACGAUGAGGACUUCCUCGAUAUUUCUCAAGCAUUUAGCGAUUUCUCGGCUUGUAGCAGCGAUAUAUCGGGGGAAUUGCAGCGUCUCGCGAGUUUACCUUCCCCUGAAAAUGGACCUAAAAGUGAAGGAUGUGAAACGUCUGAGCCGGAGCCGGAGCCGUGUCUAGGGUUUCUACAGAGAGAGAGCUUCUCGACGGAAAUUAUCGAGAGUAUUUCGCCAGAAGAUCUCCAACCGACAGUCAAGAUCUGCGUGGACGGGCUCCAAUCUCCGUCGAUUGCAGUGAAGAGAUCGGCGGCAGCAAAACUUCGACUUCUCGCAAAGAAUAGGUCUGAUAAUCGGGCAUUAAUAGGCGAAUCGGGAGCAAUUCCGGCCUUAAUUCCUCUUCUCCGAUGCAGCGACCCGUGGACACAAGAACACGCAGUUACAGCUCUGUUAAAUCUCUCUCUCCAUGAGGAAAACAAGAGUCUAAUUACAAAUAAUGGAGCUAUAAAAUCUUUGGUUUAUGUGCUCAAAACAGGAACUGAAACUUCUAAGCAAAACGCCGCUUGUGCUUUGCUCAGUCUCGCAUUGUUAGAGGAGAACAAGACUUCAAUUGGUGUCUGUGGAGCAAUUCCACCAUUAGUUUCUUUGUUAAUCAGUGGAUCGAACAGAGGUAAAAAGGAUGCUUUAACGACUCUUUACAAGCUCUGCUCGAUUAAACCGAACAAAGAGAGGGCCGUGAGUGCUGGGGCUGUGAAGCCGCUGGUCGUGAUGGUGGCAGAGCAGGGGAUGGGCAUGGCGGAGAAGGCAAUGGUGGUUUUGAGUAGCUUGGCUGCUAUAGAGGAAGGGAGAGAAGCAAUAGUGGAGGAAGGAGGGAUUGCUGCACUUGUGGAGGCAAUAGAAGAUGGGUCUGUUAAAGGAAAGGAAUUUGCAGUGCUUACAUUAUUGCAGUUGUGUACUGAUAGUGUGAGGAACCGUGGGUUGCUUGUUCGGGAAGGCGGGAUUCCUCCCCUUGUUGCCCUUUCACAGACGGGGAGUGUUCGUGCUAAGCAUAAGGCUGAGACACUACUUGGGUACUUGAGAGAGCCAAGACAGGAGGCUUCAUCUUCUAGUCCUUAAAGAAGUGCCCUUUUCCAGAACUCUUUUAUCAGAGGUAAUUACUAAUUAGACUGAGUGGUUGAUUGUUAUUGAGUUUGUAUAUAGGGAGUGUUUUUUGGUGGUUUGUACAGUGUGGUUAUUAAAUUUGAGGAAAAAUGUGGAGUCUACUGCAAUUAGGGGAAGCUAGUGAGCAAGAGACUGACUUGUUAGAUGUAUGCUCAUGCGUUUAACUAGGUUUUUGGCGUUUUUUACUAUCAUGGUUUUCUAGAGGAGGAAGUAUAGUUUUUCUCCUAUGUUGGUUGUUGUCCGAGUCGAUGAAGAUCUGGGUUUUUUCCUAACGUUUUGUUUGGAUGACCCAAAUUUCUUCUACUGAUUAUUGUUGUCAAUGUUUAAACUGGUGAAGAAGAUAGAGAGAUUAUGCUACUACUUGGAGCAUGUAUUUUUUUAUUUGCAUCAUGUAGUUUGGAUUUUUGUUUUACUAAAUGAAUAUGUUAGAUUUUAUGGACUAUGGAUAUUAUCUUUGAACAAUGUGAAUCAUUAUCGAUUUGCUUGA